GCAUCAUGUAAAUGAACAAGCCCCAAUAAUUCCCAUUGCGAAUUUCCAGCUUCAACAUUCUUGAGGGGGAGGUCUAUAUCCUCGUCUUAUAGUUGUUCUUUACCUCCUCGAUCUUCUUCUUCUUCCUCUUCUUUUUAUUGUUAUUCUUCUUCUUCUCGCUUGACAUCUUUCUAGCUCUUCUUCAUCUCGACAUCGCAAACCGCUCGAAGUAGCCAAGCCCAUCAUGCCCGAAACCCGCGGCUCCGUCCGCCAGCGCAAGACCGUGCCCAUCCGGACGUCGACCGAGGAGGCAGCACCGCGGGUGGUCGAGCUGAACUCCUCCGACGACGAGGAGGAGUUCAACGGCCCUCUGCAGGAGGACCCGAAGCCCAAGCGCACCGCCAAGGCCCGCGUCAAGAGCGAGGACAACGACUACAGCCCCUGGGUGGACGUGCUGCGCGUCAUCACCUUCCUGCUGCUGGCGUCGGUGGCCCUGAGCUAUCUGAUCUCGAACGGCGACUCCUUCUCGUGGGGCAAGCAGCGGCCCAAGUACCUGAGGACGGAAUGGUGGAAGGAGCAAUUUAAAACACCCAUCCAGCUGACCCCGGCCGAGCUGGCAGCCUACGACGGCAGCGACCCCAGCACGCCCAUCUACCUGGCGAUCAACGGGACCAUCUACGACGUGUCGGCGAACCGGCGGACGUACGGGCCGGGGGGCUCGUACCACGUGUUCGCGGGGGCGGACGCGGCGCGCGGGUUCGUGACGGGCUGCUUCGCCGAGGACCGCACCGCCGACCUGCGCGGCGUCGAGCAGAUGCACGUGCCCGCCGACGACCCGGAGGUGGACGCGCACUUCUCCGCCGCGGAGCUCGAGGCGCUCAAGGGCCGGGAGCUCGAGGAGGCCCGGCAGAAGGUCCACGACCAGCUCAGCCACUGGGUCAACUUCUUCGCCCGGAGCCCCAAGUACCCGCGGGUCGGCACGGUGAAGAGGGAGAAGAGCUGGCUGGACAAGGAGCCCGUGCCGACGCUGUGCGCGCAGGCCGAGAAGGGCAGGCCGAAGAGGAAGAUUCCCGAGGGGAACUAGGCGCGGUUCUGGCCGGGCUACCCAACGUGUGCUUGUAUGGGAGGUUUAUUUGUAGGAUCAAAAAGAGAAAAGCAAAGAGGUGCGUGUGACGCACACGUUACCAUGAUGGCACAAAGGUGCACGGCGUAUUCAAAGGGCGAAUGAAUAUAUACGGCGAGGAAGUGUCACAAAAGGCUAGCACGUUGUCAAAAACCCAUAAGCAUUGAUAAUUAGAAAGGCAGGGCUGAUGCCGAGACUAUCAGAGAGAUCUGACGAUAUACUGCACUAUUCUCGCUAAUUCGGAAUGGCUUCGCAAUAGGAGACUGUUAAACCCCGUGAACCGUGCUAUGUCUGUUUGAUGGGCUUGGGGUCGAUGACUAGUGACCACACUAAUCAUACGAGCAAAACAUAAAGAGGAUCACAAGGUAGGGUGUUCGUCACAGGUACAAUAAGAACUCGGGUGAGUAGCUGUCUGAAAAAGGUGGGGG